GCUUGGAGCAACAUUAUCUCAAACCUUCUGCCGAUCCAGCCGUUUCUGCACUCAGCAGUUUGGAGAGAUGGGUGCGCACAGGAGGACCGCUUCCAUCCUCCUCUCUGAGAGCCACCUCGGAGCAUGUUUCACCAUCCCAGCAGUCAGGAGCGACGCUCAGUAGCGGGAUGAUGAGACGCUGGCACAUUUUUUAGUUUAUCUUGGAGUUCUGUGGCUGAACUAGGAGCCGGGCGCAACGGGGUGAAUCUUCCCACAGAAAACUUGCGCAGAAAUGCUUUUACUUUGUUUAAUGGUGGAGGGGAUUUCAAAGUGAAGUGAGGAUUAUAUUUCUUUGAAGUCCCACUGACCACCCAUCGCAGUGGAUGUGUGUAACAUAAUGCUGGUUAUGAUAAUCGAUUCCGUGCAAAAAAGGAUGCACCGUGGCCAGGCACAUUUACGCAUGAGGUUAAAAGAUAUACUGUAGACGCACCUUGGGAUUUGUUUUGUCAUGAGACACUGGAUGGGAGGACUGCAGCUUGAAUCAAGCCUGUGCUUUGGGUCUGAGUGGAUCAGCACCAUGCAGCUACACCCCACAACCUGAACUUCUUUGCGCUCCGUGAUCGAGACUCGGAUUUCAUUCAAAAUCUGAAGAAUACAUAAAAACGAUGGCACUGAGCGAAAACUGCAAAACGCAACCUGCAAAAGAACAAGGCUCAGUACAAAACCCUCCAUCGGAUGUUCUUGAGCUAAACGUGGGUGGGCAGGUGUAUUACACUCGCCUUGCCACCUUGACAAGCUUCCCAAAUUCUUUACUCGGGAAGCUGUUCUCGAACAAGAAGGGGUCUUCGAAUGACUUGUCCCGGGACUUCAGAGGACGCUAUUUUAUUGACAGAGAUGGCUUUCUGUUUCGGUAUGUAUUGGAUUACCUUAGAGACAAGCAAGUUGUCCUUCCUGAUCACUUUCCCGAGAGGGGAAGGUUGAAAAGAGAGGCGGAAUACUUCCAGCUGCCAGAUUUGGCUAAGCUUUUGUCAUCGGAGGAGUCAAAACUCUUCCCAGACGACUUGUACUACAGUGAUUACGACGACGUGUCUCAAGGCAGCGACCAGAGGUUUUAUCCCUCUCACUCCUUUGACAGGGGCUACGGCUACAUCACGGUCGCUUUCAAAGGCGUUUGCGCCGCUAGAGGCAGAGAAAGUGAAACUGAUUCCAAGGCCAAAAAGUUACCUAGAAUCUUCAUCAGCAGCAGAAUUAGCUUGGCGAAGGAGGUUUUUGGAGACGCCCUGAAUGAGAACAGGGACAUUGACAGCCCAUUGGACCGGUACACUUGCAGGUUUUACCUCAAGUUCAGGCACCUGGAGAGAGCUUUUGACAUGCUGUCAGAGAGUGGCUUUCAUAUUGUAGCCUGCAACUCGUCCCUGACUGCGUCCUCCAUCGGUCAUUACGCGGAUGACAGGAUCUGGUCCAAUAACGCACAGUACAUCUUCUACCGUGGGCCUUCUCGGUGGUCGUCCUCUCACUGUGACUGCUGCUGCAAGAGCCACAAAAGUGAGCGCGAGGGAGAGAGCGGCACUUCCUUAAACGACCUUUCCACUUCCUGCUCUGAGACCCAAUCGGAGGCCAGUUCCCCUCAAGGAACGGUGAUCUGCGGCCCCGUGAGCCGACAGUCCAAGAUCCAGACGCUGGACCGGCCCAUGCCGAAAGGACCGGUUCACAUGCUGCAGCAGGCAGAGAUGCGCCGCAAGACUGACAUGCUCCGUGUGAGAACCUUCGGCGUCCGGGAACGAGAGGCCGCAAAGAGGAAAGGGAACAAGGAAAAGAUGACUCCAGAGCAGGAGCUGGAGAAAUGUAUCCAGGACUUCCGGCGCAUUAGGAUUCCGGAUCAUUUUCCAGAGAGGAAGUACAUGUGGCAAUCAGAGCUUCUGAGAAAGUACCGUCUCUAAAUACGAAGAAGAAGAAGAGACACAAAAGAAUGAGAGACAGAUGGUACUGCAGUAUCAAGCCACCACCAAGGAAGAGUAUUAAACUGCAUAGGCAAUACACUGCACCCUAAGACACAUACUGUACUAGAAUAAAGAAAAUAAGUAUGGCCACUUUUCUGCCAGGAUGACUAGUGAAGCACACACAGUAAAAGGCAGUGUGAGUCAUUGACUUGUAAAGUGUAUGCACAGUGUUGUGUGUCAUAUGCACAUGUGUAAAUCAGGUUACUCCUGUCGGGGCUUCCGUCGCACUCCCCCGUUCUCACCUCAGAGAGUUCGAGACACAGGAAAAGGCCACAACAUCAGUAACAACAUAGCAACCUCAGGGUCAACACCAUUUCAGUUCAUCGACCAAUCACAUACUGUACGUGCAAUUGCCCACAAUAGCUGUUUUUUAAAUGGAUGCACCCAGAAGGUGCUGUGAGAUAGCAAAGAAUUAUCACUAUACUUCACUGAUAACACGUAUACUUAUAGUAAGCUUCGAUAACGGCACUGCAUGUCAUUUCACUCUUAGCAUACUUAUGCAAUAUCAAACAAAGUUUCAACUCAAGGUUUUGUGUGAUGGGUAAAAAUGAUGCGUCAUGACUGAGACCGAUGAGGAAAGCACUGCCUAGAUCUGUUUGCCAUUGUGAAACUUUUUGUCUAAGUUGCCAUUAUGUGUUGGAUAGAUGAUGUUGUGUAGGUAGAGUAUAUAAUGACAAUGGAUAUUGAUCUAAUCCUUGAUUGUAAGUGUGCAAAAACAGUCAAUAAAUGGUUUAGAAUUGUA